UGAGCGGGGGAGGGGCAGAGACAGAGGGAGACACAGAAUCCGAAGCAGGCAGGCUCCAGACUGAGCUGUCGGCACAGAGCCCAACGCCGGACUGGAACUCACCAACUCACAGAACCGUGAGAUCAUGACCCCAGCCGAGGUCCGACGCUUAACUGACAGGCGCCCCUGUGUGGCAAUUUCGCAGCAUUUGAUCACCUUUCAAUCUUUACCUCUCCACAGAAAUCUUUAGGAAAUGGCAAAAGAUUUAUGCUAUCUGAAGAGAAACCAGAGCGUGCAUCUGAUCACUUUUCCCUCAGAAGUAAGCUCGGAGAGAGGCGCUGUUCUCCUCGCGGCAGAGGCGGCCUGCCCUUUCACACACACACGUGCAGACGCACGCACCCUGUCAAGUGCUAAAAGCUAUGAAGUCUGGGUGAGGCUUCCAUUUCUUUUCUUUUUGCCUCUCUGUGUUUUCUCAUCUGCAACGGUAAGUGUGUUAUGUGGCAAUUUUAAGAGCCCAUCGCGUGAGAUGAUAAUAUAUAUCUGCGUGUCCCCAAGCGCCCUGCGGCCGGCCGGCCGGCCUUUCUGAGGGGUGCCCGUUCCUCCCUGCCCGCUGCUGACAGAGAAGCAGUAGCAGGAGGAAUAACGGAUAACUUGUGCGGCUUAUUCUGCCUCCCCUCGGCUUUGUUGCUGUGCUGUGUCCCAGGCGGGGGCUCUGUGGUCGGAAUGGAGGGGCGGAAAGAACUGACGGGGACUGACGCGAGGGCCUGGGUUGCUAAGUGGCCUGUUUAAUCUAGAAGCGCCUUUUAUCCUGGAUCUCUUGACCAGCCCUGGGGGGAGGAGGGGUGGAGUUAAUCAGGCCUAGAGGAAGGGCCUCUGAAGGGUGGAGCCAAGGUGGAAGAAAGAACACUUUAAAUAAAGGGCCCACACUGGCUGCCCAGGAGCCCAUCCUCCACCUCCUCCGUGUCUGUCUGUGAGAAGGAGUCGCGGCCGGCCCGCAGCCCGAGGGACACGAUGGAGCCCGAGGAGUACAGGCAGAGAGGAAAAGAGAUGGUGGAUUACAUCUGCCAGUACCUGAGCACCGUGCGGGAGCGGCGGGUGACUCCAGACGUGCGUCCUGGUUACUUGCGAGCCCAGCUGCCUGACAGUGCUCCCGAGGAACCUGACAGCUGGGACAGCAUCUUUGGGGAUAUUGAGCGAAUCAUCAUGCCUGGGGUGGUACACUGGCAGAGCCCCCACAUGCACGCCUACUACCCGGCUCUUACCUCGUGGCCAUCACUGCUGGGAGACAUGCUGGCCGAUGCCAUCAACUGCUUGGGAUUCACCUGGGCUUCCAGCCCUGCAUGCACGGAGCUGGAGAUGAACGUCAUGGACUGGCUGGCAAAAAUGCUGGGACUCCCAGAGCACUUCCUGCAUCACCAACCUGGCAGUCAGGGAGGCGGCGUCUUGCAGAGCACAGUCAGUGAGUCCACCUUGAUUGCCUUGCUGGCAGCAAGGAAGAACAAAAUCCUAGAAAUGAAAGCUUCUGAACCUGGGGCAGACGAGUCCUCCCUGAACGCCCGGCUCAUUGCCUAUGCCUCUGACCAGGCUCACUCAUCAGUAGAAAAAGCUGGUUUGAUUUCUCUUGUGAAGAUGAAAUUUCUGCCUGUGGAUGACAACUUCUCACUCCGAGGGGAAGCUCUUCAGAAAGCCAUCAAAGAGGACAAGGAGAGGGGCUUGGUGCCUGUCUUUGUGUGUGCAACGCUGGGGACCACAGGGGUCUGUGCAUUUGACUGCCUGUCAGAGCUGGGCCCCAUCUGUGCCAGUGAGGGGCUGUGGCUCCACAUCGAUGCUGCCUACGCAGGCACUGCCUUCCUGUGCCCCGAGUUCCGGGGGUUUCUGAAGGGCAUCGAGUAUGCCGAUUCCUUCACCUUUAAUCCUUCCAAGUGGAUGAUGGUGCACUUUGACUGUACUGGGUUCUGGGUCAAGGACAAGUACAAGCUGCAGCAGACCUUCAGCGUGAACCCCAUCUACCUCAGGCAUGCCAACUCGGGCAUGGCCACUGACUUCAUGCACUGGCAGAUCCCCCUGAGCCGGCGGUUUCGCUCUAUUAAACUCUGGUUCGUGAUUCGGUCCUUUGGGGUGAAGAAUCUUCAAGCACACGUCAGACAUGGAACUGAAAUGGCAAAAUAUUUUGAAUCUCUGGUCAGAAAUGACCCUUUCUUUGAAAUUCCUGCCAAGAGGCACCUUGGCCUGGUGGUUUUUCGUCUAAAGGGUCCUAAUUGUCUCACAGAAAGUGUAUUAAAGGAAUUAGCUAGAGAUGGUCGUCUCUUCCUCAUUCCGGCCACUAUCCAGGACAAACUGAUUAUUCGUUUCACUGUGACAUCCCAGUUCACCACCAGAGAUGACAUCCUGAGAGACUGGAAUCUCAUUCGAGAUGCUGCCACUCUUAUCAUGAGUCAGCACUGUACUUCCCAACCUAGCCCUCAGGUUGGGAACCUCAUCUGCCAAACCAUGGGACCCAGAGCCUUGGCCAAUGGGAUGUCCCUUCAGUCUGUCAAUGGGGCCGGAUAUGACCCAGCCCAGGCCAGGAAGAUCAUCAAGCAGCCUCAGCAUGUGGAAGCCAGUCCUGUGAGAAAGGAAGACAGCUGCCAUCUUGAAACCCCGCUGGACCCACUUGACGACGACUGCUUUUCAGAAGAGGCCCCGGAUGUCACCAAGCACAAGCUGUCCUCCUUCCUGUUCAAUUAUUUGUCCGUGCAAAAUAAGAAGAGGGCAGUGCGUUCCUUCAGUUGCAACAGCAUGCCUGUCAGUGCUCAGAAGCCACUGCCCACAGAUGGCUCUGUGAAGGGCUCUUCUAGGGCCAGAAUCUUCUCUAGGUUUCCAGAAGAAAUGAUGAUGCUAAAGAAAAGUGCCUUCAAAAAACUAAUCAAGUUUUACAGCGUCCCCAGCUUUCCCGAAUGCAGUUCUCAGUGUGGGCUCCAGUUGCCCUGUUGCCCUCUGCAGGCAAUGGUUUAGAUCAGGGUUUUCGGCCAGAACCCAAGAAUGUGUUUCAGGGAGUCUCUGCACUCCUCAAAAUUGUGUGCUGAAUUUGUGUGCUUAUUAUGUGUAUGUGCAUUCUUCUUAACAGAGCCUAUAAUUUUAUCAGAUUCGCACAGAGUUUCAUGACCCACAACAGGAUACAAAUGGGGAGUUUAAGCCAGCAUGGUACAGAAUGUUCUAGCAGUCUGGUCAGAGAGAAAGGACCCAAGGUAGUGUACUGACAGGCAGCUUCUGUGGUUCAGCUUGUGAUAUGAAAUAUAACAUAGAAAUAAAUUGUACUUGUCUUUAAAAAAAGUAUCCUGUGUGACUUAAUUGACCAUUGAAACAUUGAUUAGUUAAUAAGAGAUUAUCCUGGAGCCUAAAUGCAUGUACUUAAUGGAUUCUACUUUGCAGGAUGCUAAAGAUUUGGAUUUAACUGUGAAAAAAUGACUUUGGAGGAGCCCUUGGUAUGAAGAAGGCAGGCAGUUUGAGUCAGGCACUGUGACUUCCAGUUGACAAAUGAGGAAACUAAGGCUCUGGGUCACAAAAGCUUGUAAGUGGGGAAAGCCAGGUCUCCUUGUCUUCAAUAAUGCCCAUGCCAUUUCCACCAUACUGUGCUGUUCAGGCUUGUACUUGAUCAGAAGCUCCCAGUCUAGCAGGCCCCCGGUCCUUCAGUACAUUUAAAUGUUCCCUCUGUAGGUUUGGAAUUUGUACAUUUUCUCUUCUUCUGGACGCUGUGGUCAAAUAAAAGUUGUGCUCACAGGCAACCUGACUAUGGUUAAUUUAUAUGCC